AUGAUGAAGCCCUUCCAGAUCAAAGAUCAGCAAGGGUCCCCAUCUUCCAAUCCAGUUGGGCCCUCUGCUAUUCGAGAAGUUCAGAUCUCGGCUUCUGAUUAUGAUGACCUCGCCUCAAAUCAUCCCCGCGCGAGGCUAACUUACCUGGAUGACGAUGAUGGCGAUCAGAUUACUGUUGGGUCUUCUCUCGAACUUGCCCAGCGUCUAGAUGAGCCCCUGGAGAUUAGGUCUCGACAUGCGCCUAUUCAGGUCUCCCAAGAUGAAGCAGAGCCGAUGCACAUAUUUGAUAUCCGUCGGUCAAACUCGGUGACUGAGCUAUGGAAGCGAUUUGAGAAUCAAUCGUCCCCGGAUCCUCAGCUCUCUGAAACGAAGAAUGAUGCACCGGUGAUGGCUGAGCCUACAGCGAAUACUUCUGCUCGCGAGGAACCCACUUUGGAUCACCUCAGCGCCACUACUGCCCCCGGUGAUGACUCUCGACCUUUACUCGCAGCAUUUGAGGCUGAACUGGCCAGUAUUCUUGGCUCAUCAGAUGAGCCUGCGGAGAGAGUACCUCAAAUCGAACCAUCGCCUGCCCAUGAGUCCUUAACAAAUAGCAGCGCCCAAAGAAUGCCUCAGGUUGCCGAGGCUCUUGCGGCACAAAUCCUGCACCACUUGGCUAAUGGAGCCAAUUUGGUUCAAUCUGAACUAAGAACAAGACUGCCAGAUUUGCAGCGUCAAGUUCGUGAUGCCCAGCGGCAUCUGCCGGAAAACAUCGGCGCAUCACUGCAAGCUCUGCUCACUACACUUGAAGUCCACGUGAGAGCUGCAUUCAAUAACAUACCGGAUAACGGAAGACAGUGGGCGGAUAAUGGCAGACAAUGGGCAGAAGAAGCCAUUCAUGCAGGGCGGCCUGUGGCUGAAAACGCCGCUGAGGGCUUUCGAAUGAUGGCUUCUGAGUUCAACGAAGUUGGUCGAACUUUAUUUGCAGCCUUUGAGCAUGAAUUCGGACGAGUCGCACCGCGGGGGAUGAAUGACCCAUCUGAUGGAUCGAAUACUCCCUCUACUUCUGCCGCCAAUGGUGCAAGCAAUAUGCCUUCCACGUCGACUAAUCCUCAGAUCACUGAGCCGCAUCCCGCGGAUGCUAAAUCCGAUGAGAAACCGACUAUGGGAUAUGAUCUCGCAUCAAUGGCAGAACUUGCAUCCAGCAGUCAUGCUACGGCUUCCGAUGCAGGAACUGCUGAUGCAUCUCUGCCUAUCUACCCUCAACCUUCACCUUCAACUUCUUCUCACCAUUACGGUCCUCCUUCUGUAUCACACCCUUCAUACUCUCUACCACGAACUGGGGAAUAUACUCCGACCUAUUAUCCCCCACCCUAUUGUUCUACGUUCGUGCCUUACCAAUUUUCGCAACCUCGCUCUGGUGGCCACCACGCUCAUUCUCCCCCUCCCCCUCCCCCCAAAACCCGGCACUCUGACCUAGGUGCAACUUUUCCUUGGGCGCCGAGGAUGAACGGCAUCCCCCCAAAUCACCGACCUGGGCCUCUACCAGUACCCUCAGUAGAUCUUCCUUUGAGUUCGAUGGGAACUCAAACAGGAGAGUCUGGGAAUAGGACCUUGUUCAUUGGCAAUGUUGGGUUCAACGUGACUGAAAGAACUAUCCAAGAUGUCUUUGCCUCUAAGGGGUUCCUUAUCACAGUUGACCUUCCAUUGGAUGCCGUAUCAGGCAAACAUGCAGGCUUCGGAUAUCUUCAUUUCCCUUCGAUUCACCCUGCCAUGGCCGCCAUGGAUGCCUUGCAGGGUACGCACAUUGAUGGCCACGCGAUCAACCUGGAAUUCAGUGACGCUUUGCCCAUUCAAGGUGUGGAUAAUACUCCCAGUCAGCAAUCCUCUCAACUUAGAUCAGGUUCAAACAUCCCUGUCUCCUCUGAGGUAGAGCAGGAGCAGAGUGUACCAAUUAAGCGCCGAAAAUCUGUCACUUUCCAGGUGUCGAAUCAGUCCACCAAGGAGACUGUUGCACUUCAGUCUCAAAAUGCAGAUAAGACUGCCACCUCGUCGGUAGAGGCAGCAGUGUCGUCUCCACUGAUCGAUUUCUCUACUGACGAGCCUGCCUCUGCUCCACGAGCUCAGCAACCAUCCAUACUGAAGGAACCUCGGCAGCAGGCCAAUUCUCAGGAUGAACACAACAAUUCUUUCAACUUGAAUCCGGAGGUAGAGAUUAGUCGGUUCCCACCUGUUUCCCAAUUGGAAGCUCAACAUUUGGCAACCCAGCGCCAGCGCCUGGCGCCUGGACCUGCUCCCAUGAACCCAACUGCCAAUAAUCAUGAUACCGUUCCUGCAUUCACAGAAGAUCUUCCUCACCGGUCUCAUACCGUUUCCCAUGCUCAUGGUCGAGGCAAUCGUGGACACGCCGGUCCUGGUCUUCGUCGUGCAAGCACUACAACGAUUAACCCGCUGAGGCAGGGCACUUCCAAACCGCGUGUUCUUGAUGAAGCUACCGGUACCUCGGGUCUGCGACGUCGGGCCAGUGAGCGCCAACCGCUUCGCACAACUGCCCGUCCCGUCAGUGAUUUAGACACGUGGGCGCGACUGGACAGAAGGGAACGCGAGCGGUCCCGACCCUCUUCCCAGCACAGUAUUCCCGGGAGCUUCCCUGUUGAAGAGGUCCCCCAAUUCACUCCGUUCGAGGCGAGUGCCAAUGACAAGCAAGAUGCGUGGAUUGAAGACUGUGUCUCUUCUCUUAUCGACAUGGGAUAUGGGAGUGUUGAGGAUGGUGGUCGGGCUCGGAUGGCCAUCUAUGCUGCCGCAUCCAACGGCAAUCUCUUUGAUGCCAUUGAGAUGAUUGAAGAGGAGCGGAAAGCUUAUGCACACCAGGGUCAGGAGUAA